AUGUUGGUGAAAGAACUGGUGGAGAACAGCCUGGAUGCUGGAGCAACGAGCAUUGAUGUGCGUUUUAAGAAUCAAGGGCUCGAAGCAAUAGAAGUUCAGGAUAAUGGUGGCGGAAUUUCACCGCAUAACUACGAUACAUUAGCACUCAAACAUCAUACCUCGAAAUUGUCCACAUAUAACGACCUGACGACCCUUCAAACGUUUGGCUUUCGUGGUGAAGCCUUGUCCUCGCUCUGCGCUCUUUCAAGUUUUUCUGUCAUUACAUGUUUGCCAGAAAAUGCGCCGAAGGGUACGAAGCUCGAAUUCGAGAUAUCAGGGAAGUUAAAGAGCACAUCGGUCGUGGCUGCGCAGAAAGGAACUACAGUAAUUGUAGAGAACUUAUUCAACAAUUUGCCAGUGAGACGACGCGAGCUUGAAAAGAACAUCAAACGAGAAUGGGGCAAGGUUACAGGUGUUUUAGGGCAAUACGCUUGUAUACAAACCGGUAUCAAGUUUACUGUUUCUCAGCAGGCGGCUAAGGGCAAAAAGACAACGAUUUUUUCCACAAAAGGAAAUCCCACCACUAGAGAGAAUAUUGUUAAUGUUUUCGGCGCGAAAACCCUCACACAGUUAAUUUCAAUGGAUUUACGUCUAGAAUUGGAGCCUACGAGCGGCCCAGGUCAGAGGUGGAGUACCGGGAACGAUGGCGGGACUAAAGAUAUUCGAAUAAUUGGCCAUAUUUCUCGUCCAGCUUCAGGAGAAGGACGUCAGACCCCUGAUAGACAGAUGCUCUUCGUGAACUCAAGGCCAUGUGGACUACCCCAAGUGGCAAAGGCUUUCAACGAAGUCUACAAGUCAUACAAUGGAUGGGGAAGCACUCAAUCCCCAUUCAUAUUCGCUAAUAUCGAAUUAGAUACUCAUCUCUAUGAUGUCAAUGUCAGUCCUGAUAAGCGUACUAUAUUACUUCAUGAUCAGAGUCGUAUGUUGGAAAAUCUGAAGAUGGCUCUCGCUGAACUCUUUGAAAGUCAGGAUCAUACAAUGCCCGUAUCUCAAUUACCAGCACAGAAACAACCACAGUAUAAGCAAUUGACAAUUGAUAGAGAAGCUGCUGGCGUAUCUGAAACUUCGCAACGGCGCACUCAAGUAUCUGAUCCAUCUGUCGAGGAGGAAGAUGAGGAGGAAGAACAAGCUUCGCAAGCCGUCUCGAAAUUUAGGCGACCCAGUAAAGCUCAAAAUACAGAUAGUGAGAGAUCUAAUGUGCAAUCUGAUUCAAAAGCAAAACGUGCUAGCAUAUCGCGAGAUUCAUUGGCACAAGAUGGUGAGGCCAUUAGCUUAAUCUCGAAUUGGGUCAGUCGUAAAUCAGAGGAACGGAGUGACCAACGACCUGCAGCUCCUAAGCCUGAGCAAGAUGUUCGUCAAGGUUUGUCGAAGGAAAAGCAAAGAUUGAUCUCCAAGUUUGGCAAGGAGGCUGCCCAGGUUGAGGAGGCUGAAGAUGAUCUUGUAAGCCCUGAAAGUUCGGUUGAAACUACUCAAGGAUCUCAGCCAGCACCGACGUAUAGACCUCCUCGACACGUUGCUGAUUUCAAUGACCGCAUGGCAGAGGCUAGUAUCUCCAGAGAAGCAUCAAAAACAGUAGAAGCUCCAGGAGUUACGCUUAGUAUUUCUGAGUCAGAACAGCCCGUUCCCCAACUUCUAUCACCAUCUCCAAUGUCCACUCCAGGGGUACUGACCUCGCUUGAAAGUAGUAGACCACGACGGCCUCAACAGGAAAUGGCCACAAUCACGAUUGGUGAUCAUACUGUGACUAGUUCUAUUGGAAUACCGGCUCCAAAGAGAUUGAAGGUUGAUGGCACUUCUGCUACCUUACGUAAAGGCAUAGAGCCGCAGCGAGCUGCGAUUAGGCCGUCAUUUGGACGCCGGCUUAUUAAACGGUUUGGUGCACCUGGGACCCAAGCCUCAGGAGCCAAUGAUGAUACAGAUAUGGUAGACAUAGAGGAACCAGAAUCUACGUUGGAAACAGCUGAACCUGACUCAUCGGGCGCUUCUGAUGCCAGUCCAUUGACUAAUCUCCAAGAUGCAAGAGUCGAUGAAGAUUCGCUGGUCGCUUCUUUGGCAAAUGAGGAAGCAUCUGUAUCAUCAGAAGCCCCUCCGGUCAAUGAUACGGAUGGUAAUGAUGGAGACGCAGAUUACAUAGAUGAAAAGGAGAAGAAGAUUCAGGAAGAAGCGAAAGUUCAAGAGAUGAUUGAAGAGGCUGAAAGAAUGGCUGAGCUACCAUCACAAGAAAAUACUUCUCGUGCAAAAUUACUUCUGAAAGGUGGCGCGAAGAGGAAGGAAUCAACAUUCAACCUGACACAGACAAUUGACACUACUGUCCUCGAUAUUAAUCAACAACUUCAAUCUCUGAAUGAUGCACUUUCUCGAUACACAAAUCAAACUACCUCUAAUUCCCAAGACGAUGCUCUCGAUUCUGUCGGGGCAGAAAAGCGACUCUCCCUAACAAUUUCGAAAAGUGAUUUUGCUAAGAUGAAAAUCAUCGGUCAAUUCAAUCUCGGCUUCAUCCUCGCGUCUAAAGCCCCUGAGUCAACAAGCGAAAAUGGUGGAAUACAAACAGCGGACAAUGUCUUCAUUAUUGAUCAACAUUCAUCAGAUGAGAAAUAUAAUUUUGAACGAUUACAAGCUACGACUAUUGUACAAUCGCAACGAUUAGUUUACCCCCAAAACUCUUUCUCUAACGGCACUAGAAGAAGAAAUCGUAGCUGA